AUGGACAUCCUGAUCGAGCCAGACUGCUACAAGGUGUGCCGGAUUUGUAUGGAAAGCUGCGAGGAAGACUGCGUAUGCGUGUACGACGAGUUCGAGGAUGUGCUGUUGAGCGAGGUGAUUAAGGAGUGUGCCCGGGUAGAGAUACGCAAGAAUGAUGCGCUGCCGAGAAAUGCGUGCCGAAACUGUGCCGAGUAUUUGAUUAUUGCGUACCACAUUAUACAGAAAUGUCGCGAUUCGGACGUAACGCUGCGGUCCAUCUUUAAGCACGAGCUAAAUUUGCACCGCGAAGAGAAGAAAGCGGAUGCUACGGCGUCGUCGGUUGAUAUGGAUCCGUCCGGUUACGAGUUUCUGCUUGCCAACGGUUACGACGACAUCAUGCUGGACGAUGAGCGUAUGCUGCUGGAGAAUGCGAAUGCAAGUUGCGAUUUUGUAACGCCGUCGGGCGAUAAGAAGACUGCUGAUGAUGAUAAUGACGAUGAAGAAGUCUUUGCCGAUGAAACUGCUAUCCAACAGCAGCUGCUACCGGCUGUACCAGCGACACAAAACCAACCGGAUUAUCAGGAGCGGGAAGAGGAAAGCGAAGAUCCGGAAGCUUUAAAUGUGGAGCAAAUUAAGCAGGUUCUUUCGAACGAAGAUGUAGCACUGAUACUCGAGUACGGGGAAAAAGCCCUUGCACUUAGUAUGGUGAAAAACACGGACACACAGCACGAGUCGAGCGAAACCAACGAGGAAGACAUUUCAUUCACCGAUCCCGAAUGGCAGAAAAAGUGUUGCGGUUGCCGGAAGCUGUUCGACAGUGAGCAAAGCUUACGGGAACACUCACAAACGGUGCAUCGUCCGAUUGCCUGGUCCCCAGCACCACGGUCUGCCUCGGACGUUGAAAACCCGCUACGCUGUAUGGUGUGCUUCAAAAGCUUCAGCAGUAAACAGCUGCUGAAGGAACAUCAACGUACCGUGAACCGAAAGUACGCUUGUCCACAGUGUGGAAAGCGCUUUAUGACGCAGACGAACCUAGACAUUCACAGCAAAUGCCACAAGAACAGGGAAACGUACAAAUGUUGUGGCUGUCGGAUCGAUUUCGAGCAAGAACUGGAUCUGUUGGUUCAUUCGCAGGAAGUACACCGCCCAGAACGGACGACCGAUGCACAGAAACCGUUCGAAUGUGACACGUGCUAUCGGCGCUACCCGACCCGCAAAUCGCUAGCAACGCACAAACGUCAAAUCAGACAAUUUCAAUGCCAACUUUGUGGAGCCAUCUUUAUGAAACAACUCUUCCUCAAGCUGCAUCUCGAGCGGACACACCAGCAGGAAGCGGUUGAAACCCGUCGCCGAUGUUGCGGGGGUUGUAAGGAAGAUUUUGAUAGUGCUGCCGCCUUACGGGAACAUUCCGAGCGUGUUCACAAACCUACCACCAACACCGAUGGCUCGGCCGGUUCCGGGACGGACGAUGGAAAACCAUUCGAAUGUAAAGUUUGCAGGAAACGCUUCUCUUCCAUGUUCUUUUUGCUCCAACAUCAACAAAAGGUUUGGCGCCAAAAGUGUUACCCGUGCACUAUCUGUGGUCGUACGUUUGGGCGCGCACACGAUCUAUCCAACCACGAGACAACACACUCUAACGAAAUGCCUUUCGAGUGUAGUGUUUGUGGCCGCCGGUUUAAGAACAAGCUCUACCUGAGGAACCAUCAGAAGCUGCACACGAGCAACGCCAAAGAUCAGGUGUGCGUCGAGUGUGGUAAAGGUUUCCGGACAAAGGAUUUGCUCAAGACACACCUGAUCAGCCAUUCGCAGGAGCGCAAAUAUGCGUGUACGGCAUGUCCGGCCACCUUUAAGCGGUUGCAAUGUUUAAAAAUUCACACCCGUGUCCAUACGCGCGAGAAAGCGUUCGUGUGUACCGUGUGCCAGAAACGGUAUGUUCAAUCGUCCGACUUGAAGCGACACAUGCGUACACACAAUCCGGGUGACGAAGGAAAACCGUUCCAGUGCGAGUACUGCUUGCGGAGGUAUCCGAGAAAGGAUUACCUGAAAGUACACAUACGGAAACAGCAUCUGGAAAAGCUGUCGGAAACUGAAACAGUGGGACUGUUGCUGCUGCAGGACGUAGGGCUGGCCAGUGGCGAGAGUGUGGUGAAAUUUGAACAAAAUGUGUCACCGAAUGAGAUUGAUGAUUUUAUCAACUGUUAG